GACCCAGGAGAACUGUCCUCGUUGGUUUUCUAGUGGUUUCUCAGAGUCAGCUACACUGUGCAGCGUGCGGGCAGCGUAGUCGCUUUGAGAUUAGUGCGGAUGUUGGUGUCUACUGCUGUUAACGUCAAAGAGCACCCAGGCAGUAACCAACUUUGAGAGCCCUUAACAUUCUGAGGCAAUUUUGGCGCCGAUCUGGUUUGAUCUUUGUCAGAUUAGCCUCACCCAUGAGAAGAGCUGCAUUUCGGCCGGCAAAAUGCGCCUCAUUCCUACAAUUUUGUUACCAAGAAAUGCGUGUUUUAUCCAAGUAGCGUUUUUUUUUUCCAUCGACUCAGAGGCAGUCUGUUGUCCUAAAGUACAUUGUAAUAGCUGUAUAGCACUUGAAUCUUCAUGGAUGGUGGCUCACACCAGUAAUUAAGCACUCAGGAGACUGAGGCAGGAUGACUACAAGUUUGAGAUUCAAUUGGUCAGAUUAGCGAGACCCUUUUCGAGGCCAACGUUGGCUACAUAGUGAGACCUUGUCUCUAAAACAAACAGACCCUCCCCCCCAAAUAAUACAGUACCGUGUACAUUAAUAUAGUUUAUCCUGUAGGGCUGUUAGGUUUGUUAUGUCCCUUCAGUACGCCCUUCAAAAAACACACUUUCACUUCGUCUCCUGCUUGGUGUAGUGUCUUAGUGCUUCCGUUGCUUUGUUUGCAAACCUGGUGUGCAGUAAAUCUAAGAAGUUUCUGUAUCCAGUGUUCUGUUUUACUAAGUAGAUGUAUCUAAGUAAACGGUAAUUUAUUUGGCGUAACUGUGAACGCGUUAGUGCCUCCCUGGGAACGGGAUGUGGUCUUCCCUAGCCUGGGGCUUCCUUUCUGGUGGGGACCGAAAGGCCAGGGCGGUGCUGUGCUGGGCGCUGGCGGCUCUGUCGGGGCUCUCGCACAGCUGUGACCGAGUCGGCGCCCGCUCUGAGAGCGACGCGGAUAGCGCCCGGAGGAGAGGACGGAGUUUAGACAGGAGAGGACUGUUGGAGGAACUGAGAGAAGCCUUGAUUAUGGAAGAUUCUCACAAGAAUAACACUUCAGAGACUUCAGAGACUGCUACAACAGUUCAGGGAACUCAUAUUUCUCAUAUUGCUCAGCAGAUGUCAUUAAGAGGAUCUGCGCCAGUGACAGUUGUACCUCUUCCUGGAGAGCAAAUACAGGUUCAGGGGGUCAUCCAGACAGCUCAGUCUUCUGUAAUUCACCCAGCACACGUGCAAACGGUAUCAUCUUUAUCAGAAAGUGAAGAGUCCCAGGACUCAUCUGAUAGCAUAGGGUCCUCACAGAAAGCUCACGGGAUCCUAGCACGACGCCCAUCCUACAGAAAAAUUUUGAAAGAUCUGUCUUCUGAAGAUACACGGGGCAGAAAAGGAGACGGAGAAAACCCUGGAGUUCCUGCCGUCACUUCUAUGUCUGUUCCAACUCCCAUCUAUCAGACUAGCAGCGGACAGUACAUUGCCAUUGCUCCAAAUGGAGCUUUACAGUUGGCCAGUCCAGGAACAGAUGGCGUCCAGGGACUUCAGACAUUAACCAGGACCAAUUCCGGCAGUACUCAGCAAGGUACAAUUCUCCAGUAUGCACAGACCUCUGAUGGACAGCAAAUACUUGUGCCCAGCAACCAGGUGGUUGUACAAACUGCAUCAGGAGAUAUGCAAACAUACCAGAUCCGUACCACACCUUCAGCUACUUCACUGCCACAGACUGUGGUGAUGACAUCUCCAGUGACUCUUACAUCUCAGACAACUAAGACAGAUGACCCCCAACUGAAGAGAGAAAUAAGGUUGAUGAAAAAUAGAGAAGCUGCUCGAGAAUGUCGCAGAAAGAAGAAAGAAUAUGUGAAAUGCCUGGAAAAUCGAGUUGCAGUCCUGGAAAAUCAAAAUAAAACUCUAAUAGAAGAGUUAAAAACUUUGAAGGAUCUUUAUUCUCAUAAAAGUGUUUAAUUCUUUUUAAAAAGAGUAUUUUUGUGGACUUGUCUAAAAGAUUAGUUGGAUUUCUUUGUAGUGGAGUUUUAUAAAUUAAAAGGUCAAAAGUGAAGCUAAUUUCUUUAUAGGCUUUUGCAAUGCAAAGAUAAAUGUCUUAUCCACGAGAUUUGGUGACAGGAUACCGUGGGAAGUGACCUCAAGGGAGCUAGUGGCACAACUGGAAGCUUUGUAAAAAUUAAACAGAAGAAGCAAGCAAUGAACUUUCAGCAGUUUAAACAUUCUAACUGGUCAUCAGUCUAAAUGGCAGAAAAGUCAUCAAUCCAAAUUCAGUAGAUAGAAACUUUAAAAAUAAAUCAGUUUCCCCUAUAGGUUUGCAUUUCUGUUUCCUGAAAUUUACAUUUUUAGGUGUAUGUGUGUCUGACGGGGUGUGUGCGUGUGUAUGUGUGUUGUUUCUCCCAAUAAAUCCUAAACUACAAAUUAAAAGAAAAGCUGAUACAUUAUGAAAUAUAUAAAUUAUGUGUUUUGAUUAUGUAUACUUGUUUUAAUGUCAGAUCUUCUAAAUGGGCUUUUAAAAGUUUGUUGAACUACAGAUGAUUUUUUGAGACUGGGUUAACUAUUUUUGAGGUCUUAUCCUAAAAAGCAUCUAAGGUACACAAAUGGAAUGUGGUGAUUUCGUAACUUUUUUUUAAAAUCAAAAUGAAAAGAGCACUAUUUAAAAGCUUGAAACUUUUAAAUAGUUGGGUUUUAGCUUACUCUGCUAAGGGUGAUUUUUUUUUUUUACAAAAACAUAAUAAAUUGGCUUUUUGAUUUUUAUAUUCUAUAUGCAGUUUAAUAUCCAUUACUUGUCCUGUUGUGUUUUAAUAGAAUGAAAUGUUUACAGGCCCUUAAAAUACUUUUUAAAAAACCUUAAGAUUGCAUACCAAAGGUUUUCCAAGAUUUUAUGAUCAAUUUAAAGUUCAUCAGGUUCUAAAAUAGUACAGUUAUUAAGACAACUUUAUGUUAGAGACUAUUUUGUAAUGAAGUGAAUGGUACCUUUAUAAGAAUAAAAGUGACUGCCAAUAUAUUUUUAUAGCUAAUCUUUAUAAAUUCUAAUGUUGAGUUUUUAAUGAAUAUUUUAAAUGUUUAUAUAGUUUGUUAAGUGAAGAUUUUGCAUCUCAAAAGUAUCACUUUUAUAUUAUGGGAAGUGAAAUUUUCAGAUUAGCCAAUAUUUGAAUUGUACAUUUUAUAUGCAGUUUACCUAAAGUUCAAAAUGCUGUCAGUACACCAGUGUUUAACCUCUGUAUUCUAAUUUGUAUACACUUUUAAAUUGUACUGCAAAACUAUUGUGUGCUUCUUAUAUAAUACAUUUCAUAUUGUUGUCUAUGAAAUUAAAGAACAUUUGCUAAAAGUUUGCUGAAUACAGUAUAAAAUAUUAGUGCUAUAUUGACAAGUUUGCUGACAGCCAUUCUGUUAAUUACAUUAAUAGCAUUCUAGUUUUAAAGUGAGGACAAAUUUACAAUCCUGAUGUACACAGCCUGUUUUAAAGGGGAAUACUUUUCUGUUCUGAUUCAGUCAGAAUCAGUUAUAAUAAACUAAGCUAAAAUUUCUGUUCUACAAA